UACUUUGAUUCAGAAGUUACGAGUCUUCAUUCCGAUAGUUGGGGAGAUUUUUAUCAACUAUAUGCUUGUUUGAAAAGUCUUUUCGAUCUCGAUGGUUCAUUACAAAAUCAUGAGUUUAUUAUUAAUGGUAAAAAUAUAAAAUUUGGCUGGUCAAAAGAGUAUUUGAUUGAUUUCAUUGAAAAACAGAAAUGUUCAAUUGAUAAUCCAGUCAGGAUAUCUGAUAUAAGAAGAGGUAUUAAAAGAUCAUAUAUGAAAAUGCUAGGUCUUUUACUAAUACUAUCGAAACUUGGAGAACCUGAUGAAUUUUAUAAGCUACAGACAAUUAGACCUAUAUGUCUUAAUCACCAUCCACCAUAUGCAUCUAGUACCGUACCUGUUAGCUUACAUUGUUCGAUUUUUGGCAAAUUUAAGGAUUUUUGUAAGGAAGCCCCAAAAGUUGAGGAUAAUCAUUUUAUUUAUAAGAUAUGUAAAAAAAUGACAGAUUUUUUUAAAAGCGAAGAAGAACGUCAAACUACUGCAAAUAAAAUGUUAUUCACUUAUUUUGGCUACGAGAUGCAACCACUUGUACUUUCUCGUAGUCGCUAUACUGAUGGCACUAUAAGCUAUUCCUCUGUGUAUCAUGGGCUUAAUGUGGAAUUUAAGUGGGAGGACUGUUGCUCUAACGCCUCCCCAUAUCUCGAAAAUUUUACAAUUGUAGGGCCUUACUUUUCUGUUUCUGGUGCUGUGCUUUCAGAUAUUGCUAUAAUUGACCCGCUUACUCCAAUGUAUCCUCUUAUUUGGCAAAAAGAUAAUGAAAUGAUGGUAUCAAUUUCAAGAAUGUUUCGUGCUUUAAAGAAAUCUCUCAAACUUCUUGAAGAACACUAUAAGCAUGUUGAUAAAUUAGCUCAAGAUAUCCCUCGAACUGCCCACCCUGUGCAUCCAUCAUUUUCUGAUGAGAUAUAUUGCAUAGCCUACGUGAGAGCUAUUCAAAAGCAUCAAUAUUCGCUUAACACAUAUCGGCUUUUAGCUGAUACUGAAUAUGCUCCAAAAGUUUUUGCUACUUCAGUUAUUCCUGGAAAUUGGCUUUUGGUUUAUAUAGAAUGUUUAGACAACCAUUCAAUGCUAAAUCACAUCGCCAUUAAUCUUAAUAAUCAAGAAUGA